CGCGGCUGCGCGGCGGAGGUGGGGCGGGUGAUCCGGGGCAGGCCGGGAGCUGAGACCCCGACUCGGAGCGCCGUGAGGCUCUGCGUGUGCUGCUGCAGCAUGGGGCCCCUGCCGCGCACUCUGGAGCUCUUCUACGAUGUGCUGUCCCCCUACUCCUGGUUGGGCUUCGAGGUCCUGUGUCGGUAUAAGAAGCUCUGGAACAUCAACCUGCAGUUGCGCCCGAGUCUCAUUGCCGGGAUCAUGAAAGACAGCGGAAACCAGCCGCCGGCUCUGCUUCCCCGCAAAGCCCAAUACCUGAAAGAUGACAUUAAGCGCCUGGGAGAGCAUAUCCAGGUUCCCCUCCAGUUCCCCAAGGAUUUCUUCUCUGUGAUCCUUGAAAAAGGAAGUCUAUCAGCCAUGAGAUUCCUCACUGCUGUGAACCUGGAGCGCCCAGAGAUGCUGGAGAAAGUGUCCAGGGAACUAUGGAUGCGCGUCUGGUCACGGGAUGAAGACAUCUCGGAGCCCAAGAGCAUCCUGGCUGCUGCAGAGAAGGCUGGCAUGUCUACAGAACAAGCCCAGGGACUUCUGGAAAAGAUCUCAACACCAAAGGUGAAGAACGAGCUCAAGGAAACCACCAAUGCAGCCUGCAAAUAUGGGGCCUUUGGGCUGCCCAUCACUGUGGCCCAUCUGGAUGGCCAAACCCAUAUGCUGUUUGGCUCCGACCGGAUGGAGUUGCUGGCACACCUGCUGGGAGAGAAGUGGAUGGGCCCUGUACCUCCAGCCAUAAAUGCCAAAAUUUAAGGACGGCCAGGGGAAGCAAAACUAUUGGAAUAAAAAGGCAGACAAUCUGCUUACCCUUCUUCUGCUGUGCAAUACUAGGAUUCUGGUUUUCCUGUCUGAUGGCGGUUCCUCCGUAGCCCUGCCAGAUGCCCGGAAGGGACUGCGUGUUACAUCAUCUACCUGAGUAUCGUGACUGCUCUUACUGGCAUGCCUCACAAGUGCCUUCAAGAGCCCCAAACUCUGUUUUCUCUCAGAAUAAACCUAAUGCCAUCAGGCAUGAUAUCUCUG